AUUGAAGUUUGCAGGAAGCAGAGGAGGACCAAAUCAGUUUAGGAUGAGACGUGAGGUGUGGACUCACCAAACUCCAGAUUCAGUAAUCUGACCCCCGUUAAAGAGGAAACGUGAGAGCGGAGCUGCAGGAAACAGCCUGGCUCUGAAUGAAUUUGUUACACGUGAUCUGAUUUGCUGAUUUCGUGUCCUCUUUGUUAACGUCACCCUGCGGGCGGCAGAGGGAGAGGAGGUGCUGAGGAGAGGACGGCGCUGCUCCGUCGGCUCUGUUGUUAUUUCGGUGUUAUCAUCAGGUGGUGUUUCUGUUCCUCGUCUCCACGCCGUCUGACAGCCUCUCGCUGGUCCUCUGGAGGAGGUUUAGUGUCGGGGUUUCAGCUCUCUGUCAGAUGAAAAGUCUUGUGCAUUUGUCACCCUUCUGAUUUUUUCUUCUUUUCCAUCGUCCAUCAGUGAGUUUGAUCUUCACCUGAAACAGUUUGAGCCAAGGAAGAUCAUAGCCAUUAAAAUAAUCGAUCACGAGGAGUAUGAUAAGAAUGCCAGCUUCUACGUAGAGCUGCAGGAGCCGUACUGGAACAGGAGGAGAUGGACAGGUGGAUUCGUUAAGACAGGCAGAGACAUCUACAGGAAGGUCCAGGGACGAGAGCACCCCGUCCCCUCCAACAUCAGCAGCAUCGCAGAGGACGGGGCUGAGGAGCCUUUGACAAAGAAAGAAGAAGAAGAGCGGAGGAUUGCAGAGAUGGGCAGGCCAAUGCUGGGCGAACACGUCAAACUGGAGGUGAUCAUCGAGGAGUCGUAUGAGUUCAAGAGUACAGUAGAUAAACUCAUUAAGAAGACCAACCUGGCUCUGCUGAUUGGGACCAACAGCUGGAGGGAGCAGUUUGUGGAGGCCAUCACAGUCAGCUCAGGCGAUGAUGAUGAAUGUGGAGAGGAGAAGCUGCCCUCUUGUUUUGACUACGUCAUGCACUUCCUCACCAUUUUUUGGAAGCUUCUGUUCGCCUUCGUUCCUCCUACAGACUACUGGAAUGGUUGGGCCUGUUUUGUUGUCUCCAUCACUGUCAUAGGCAUGUUGACGGCAGUGAUCGGAGACCUGGCGUCGCAUUUCGGCUGCACCGUGGGCCUCAAAGACUCAGUCACCGCUGUGGUGUUCGUCGCUUUGGGCACUUCUGUACCAGACACCUUUGCCAGUAAGGUGGCAGCCAUUCAGGACCAAUAUGCCGAUGCCUCCAUUGGAAAUGUGACGGGGAGCAACGCCGUCAAUGUCUUCCUAGGUAUUGGCGUGGCCUGGUCAAUCGCUGCUGUCUACCACUACACCCAAGGUCAGGAGUUCAAGGUCAGCCCUGGCACACUGGCCUUCUCCGUCACACUCUUCACCAUCUUCGCCUUUAUCUGCAUCGCUGUGCUCAUCUACCGCCGCCGACCGGAGAUUGGCGGGGAGCUAGGUGGACCCCGUAUCCCAAAGAUCCUCACCACUUGCUUGUUCUUCAGCCUGUGGUUAAUGUACAUCGUCUUCUCCUCCCUGGAAGCCUACUGCCAUGUAAAGGGCUUCUAACAGUGCCACUCCAGACCCUCUUCAGGACUUUUCUGUUGGAUUCUAGGUUGCUGCAUAUACCAGUGGGCUAUUGUCAAACAUUUGCUGCAUAUCUAAAGGUUAUAAGAGGGAUUGACCUGAAUGGAUUCGCUGUAGUUCAGUUCACAUUCUUCACGAUCAUGAUCAUGAACAGGGACAGAGCACAUAAAACAAAAUAAAAUACAUUUUAAAAAGCAUCUUGAAUGGGUUGGGGUUACAAUCAUACUGGGUGGCUUUUUUAAGGGUUUGAAUAAAAUCUAGUGACUUAGCAGUUUCUAUAAUUUGUUACUUGUCUGAAAGUUUAGAUUGAUGAACAUUUCAACAGGUUUCUAACAAGUUUUGUUUGUUCUUUUUUCACCUAUCUCUGAAUAUCGGAGUUCUUUAAGGUUCUACUAAAGGUACAGAAGUUUCUCAUGUGACGCCAUGUGCACAUUGCUCAAGAGCUGUCUGCCAUAUUAGACGUGAUACAACCACUGGUUGCUGUGGGAAAAU